AUGUCUGAACGAAAUAUUUCCAUCGCUUCGAAGCAUUUUAGAGGGGGUGUAGACUCCAAUAUGGCCGCACCCGCAGCUUCCAAAAGCAAACCCGAAAUAAUUACGAGGACGACCAAAGGAGGGAGGAAACUCAAAUACACGUUGACGGUAAUCCAACAACCUGAACGUGCAAGAGCUUGUGGUUCGGGGGCAAAGUCAUCUGCCGAUCGACGGCCCGUUGACCCUCCUCCCGUGGUUCAACUUCGCAUUUACGAUGAAACCGAACCUCGACAAGAGAAGGAGAUAACGUUCCACUAUAAUGCAAACUUCUUUCUUUUUGCAACCUUAGAAGUGGCUCGGACAAUCGCUCAAGGUCGUGUACAAAAUUCGGCUCCUCAAGUACCUGUUUUGACGGGCAUGCCAGUCUCUGGAAUGGCAUACUUGGAUAGACCUAACGAAGCUGGAUACUUUAUUUUCCCCGAUUUGUCUGUUCGACAUGAGGGCCAGUACAAGUUAAGCUUCAAUCUCUAUGAGGAGACCAAGGAGGAGAAUGAUACCGAUAUCGAACCUUCAAAUGAAUCAAGCAUGCGAAAGAUGUCGAGCGCUGCAGCGGACGCGGAAUCGUCUUUUGAUUGGCGCAUGGAGCUUAAAUCUGAACAAUUUACUGUAUACAGUGCGAAGAAAUUCCCUGGGCUCACCGAAAGCACCGAUUUGAGCAGGACCGUUGCGGAACAAGGUUGCCGAGUUCGUAUUAGACGUGAUGUAAGAAUGAGAAGGAGAGAUACAAAGCCUGGAGGUGAUUUUGGCGAGAACGAGGAUGAAUACCCACAAAGGGGACGUGCUACAUCACCUCCAUAUGAUUACGCUACCCAAGUUGUCAAACAGAGAGCUCUGAGCGCGAGCAGUAAUGAUGAUCCACAGCAGAGGCGUGGAUCAGGAGAAUUUUCACCAUAUCAUACGCCUUCGGGUUCUCCAUCGUCAACUCACGCUCUUCCACCCAAUGGCGGACAACUGAAUUGGAUAGCGCAAGCUGGAUUUGCUCCCGGGGCCGUACAGUCAUUACAACCUCCACGUCCACGUCCACCUCCCUCUUCAUAUCAACAGCCAAUAUCGGCUGCUUAUUCUAAUCAAGGACCGUCGGCACCAUUUCGUCAGCAAGUACCUCAAGGUCCACCUCCGCAUCCAGGAAAUUACGCUGGCUUCGAGGAGAGGCAGCCUUAUAGCCAAUAUCGUCAUCCCACGACCAAUCCUCCUCAACCACGAUCGUUUGAAUCAGACUACCGAAGAAUGUCGUUUGCAUAUCAAGUAUCCACUGCACCUCAAGGCCCUCAACUUAUUGCCCCUGCUGUUCAAAAUCCUCCUCAUAGCCAACAAUCAGUGGAACCUACUUAUAGCCGUAAUCCUCCUACGACUGCGUAUCCCACUAGUUAUCAGGAUUCGAUCGACCUCGCACCACUGAGAACAGAGCAACCCGCAGCUAUGUCUCCGCUUGCCCCGGUAAUGUCCAUCUCUCGUAUGCCACCAAACCUGGCCCCCAUGCCAAGUCCUAUGCCAAACCACAACUACAACAAGCUAGAGAGAUCUAUGUCGUAUAACCAAUACACUCCCAUUGAGGUAGACCCAGCACAACCCGCCAAUAAGAGAAGCUUUGGUGAUGUUUUCAGCACUGCUCACGAGCCGCUACAUAACGGUAGACGACCAAGCGCCAUUUCCCAACAAGAAGAAGAGGCGGAAGAAAAUAGGUUCAGAAAUGAAAUGAUUUACAAGCGGGCUAAUGGUCAAGUUCAACAAAAACCCGCUCCUUACCUCAACUAG